CAGAGGAGACAGCAGAGACUGGCAGGAGGCUGCUAAACUGAUGGGGGACAUUUCCCUAAACUUGAGUGUGAGACCAGAGGAGUGUGAAAACCGGCGUAAAGACACGUCAUCAAAGGCACGACACCUCAGAUUUACAACAGUGUCCCUAAACGCGCCUCCAGACUGAUCCGAGUUCAGAUUUAACUUCUAGAACUGCUUUUUAACCUGAUUCGAUCCGAAUUCAGCCUUAAACCAGUAAGACGACCAGCAGAGUGCCUUUGAUGGGAUUUGUUUCCAGUGAAAGCUGGAGGUCUUUUGAAGGUGUCAGUCACCCCCCACCCCCACCCCCAGCUGAGUGGGUAUAAGUAUGGGUCCGGAUCACCUACCAGACGUUUGGCUGCAGGACGCAGGAACGAUGCCCGCAUCGCAACCUGGAUUUGGGAGCUUCCUCCUGGACAGGAGCGCCGGUUUUCCGGCUGGAUUCCAGAUCCCGGUGCUGGGAUGCCCACCGGGCGUGCAGCACCAGCAGGCUCAACAUCUGGCCGCCUUGACAUCUGGAGUUCCGAUUACAGGAUACGGUUUCCUUCCGUACCCGCACCAGAGACACAUCGCGCACAUGAGCAGCGGAUUUGAUCUGAGGGCCACCUCUCCAUACCACCACGCGCUCCUGGCCCGUGGGGGCGCCUUCUACCCCCAGUAUCGUACGGGUCCGGUGGACGAGCUCGGUCGGGUCACGAAGGUGGCCACCAGAGAGAGCACAGGCGCACUGAAGGCCUGGCUCAACGAGCACCCGAAGAACCCGUACCCAACCAAGGGCGAGAAGAUCAUGCUGGCCAUCAUCACCAAGAUGAGCCUGACCCAGGUCUCCACCUGGUUCGCCAACGCAAGGCGGCGCCUGAAGAAGGAGAACCGGGUCAGCUGGGCGUCGAAAGAGAAGUCCGACGAGGAAGAUGAUGAGCAGGAGGGAGACAGUGAUGAAGAGGAAGAGAAAUGCCACCUGGAUGAGCACGAUGAGUGUGCGCCUGAGCGCGCAGCAGCAGGUGAGCAGGUGGAGAGCGCGCCAGAGAGUUGCGCGUCGGCGAAGGCGUGUUUGGAGACCCCACGGGAGGAGAGCAGUGCGCAGGAGCGACAGGAACCCGUAAAGACCAGCGGUUCUGAUCACGUUCUCGCGGCUCCGGAGAGCAAGGAGAACCCUGACAAUAAGAAACCCAAAAUCUGGUCUCUGGCAGAAACCGCCACGUCCGAGAUCCAGAAGAAGCCCGUGGACCGGAUCUACUGCCCCGCUGGGAAACUGUGGUCGGACUGGGCUUCCCGACACGGACUGCUGGUUCCAGCUUUUUACUCCUCUCAUGAAGUCCUGUGAAGCUCAGAACCUCCUCACUGCUGGUGCACUUUAAACCCCCGAACCUCACGGACUUAGUGGACUGAAUCUGUGCAGGACCAAAGACUAGAUGUAUAUAAUAAAUGGACCAGAACUGUAAAUUAUAUUUCCUUUGUUUAUCCGUGAAGAAAUAUUUUGCUAAAAUAAACUUUGACUUUCAGUAAAAUCA